UCACCUUCAUCAUCAUCAUCAUCAUCGUCGUCGUCGUGGUCACGUGGAGGAAUUUGAUGCUCUCACCUACCUCAAGUUGCUGCCUUAUAAGAAGGGGGGGAGAAGGGGGGGUCAGUACAGGUGUGCGGAGGGAAUUUCCACGGGAGAUUACCGGACACGUUGUUGCUGUUUUAUUGUCCCCGCUGUGGAUGCGACGUGCCGGCAGAUCGAGGCACCAUCGGGGGGGACGGGCGGGAUGAGGAGGAAGUGGUGACGACCCUCCCUGGCCACGCCGCCACGCACAACUUAGCCUAAACGGCGUCUCCCCGCCUUUUGCCUCCUGCUGCCUCCACCCAAGACGCGCUCCAGAAUGCCAGCGUCGGCCCCCCUGCUGGCCCCCCUGCUGGCCCCCCUGCUGGCCCCCCUGCUGGCCCUCUGGCUCCUGGCGCUGCCCGCCGGCGCCCAGACCUUGGCCAGCUUCCGGCCGGAGCGGCGUGACUGGCACCUCAACCACCUGACGGUGCACCAGGACACGGGGGCGGUCUACCUGGGCGCCGUCAACCGCGUCUACAAGCUGUCGGGCAACCUGACGCUGCUGGUGUCGCACGACACGGGCCCCGAGGACGACAACAAGGCGUGCUACCCGCCGCUCAUCGUGCAGCCGUGCUCGGAGCCGCUGGCGCCCACCGACAACGUCAACAAGCUGCUGCUGGUGGAUUCCUCGCAGAAGCGUCUGCUGGCGUGCGGCAGCCUCUACCAGGGCGUGUGCAAGCUGCUGCGCCUGGACGACCUCUUCAUCCUGGUGGAGCCCUCGCACAAGAAGGAGCACUACCUGUCCAGCGUCAACCAGACGGGCACCAUGUACGGCGUCAUCGUGCCCGCGCAGGGCCAGGACGCCACGCUCUUCAUCGGCACGGCGGUGGACGGCAAGCAGGAUUACUUCCCCACCGUCUCCAGCCGGAAGCUCCCCCGCGACCCGGAGUCGUCCGCCAUGCUGGACUACGAGCUGCACACCGACUUCGUGUCGUCGCUCAUCAAGAUCCCGUCCGACACGCUGGCGCUGGUGGCCCACUUCGACAUCUACUACGUGUACGGCUUCGCCAGCGGCGCCUUCGUCUACUUCCUGACCGUGCAGCCCGAGACGCCGGAGAACGGCAUGUCGUCCGGCGGCUCGGCCGGCGAUCUCUUCUACACCUCGCGCAUCGUCCGCCUCUGCCGGGACGACCGCAAGUUCCACUCCUACGUCUCGCUGCCCAUCGGCUGCGUGAAGAACGGCGUGGAGUACCGCCUGCUGCAGGCCGCCUACCUGGGCAAGCCGGGCCGCGUGCUGGCCGCCUCGCUUCACGUGGGCGCGCAAGACGACGUGCUCUUCGCCGUCUUCUCCAAGGGGCAGAAGCAGUUCCACCGGCCGCCCGACGACUCGGCGCUCUGCGCCUUCACCAUCCGCGACAUCAACGCGCGCAUCAAGGAGCGCCUGCAGUCGUGCUACCAGGGCGAGGGACACCUGGAGCUCAACUGGCUGCUGGGGAAGGACGUGCAGUGCACCAAAGCGCCGGUGCCCAUCGACGACUCCUUCUGCGGCCUGGACAUCAACCAACCCCUGGGCGGCUCCCAGCUGGUGAGCGGACACACCCUCUACACCGAGACCCGGGACCGCAUGACCGCCGUCAUCUCCUACGUCUACAACGGCUACUGUGUGGCCUUCGUGGGCACCAAGAGUGGACGUCUGAAGAAGGUCAGUGAGUGUGACUAAUCUGUGGAUGAUACAGGUACCUGGUAUCGAAUCGAUAGCGGUUUUGCCUCCCUUGCUUGGAUUAGAUAGGUCUGAGGGGAUGGUGCAGGAUCCAAGUAUUUAUUCUCUAACAGUCCUUCAAUAAGUUGAAGAAAGAGAGUUUUGUUUGACUACUUGAUUAGAAAAUUUCCAAUACAGUACAUUUCCUGACUUUUUGGAUCAUUUUGUUUAGUUUGUUUUUAAAGA